AAAUCAUUUCAUCAUGAAUUAAUAGAAUUUGCCUUUUAUUUAUACUAGUUAAGGAGGUAGGUCUUAUGUAUGCGAAGAAUUAAUCGGAUAUGGCGCUCAAGGAUAGAUAUAUAGAGGUUACAAAUAGGACCAAUCCACUCUAUAGGUAGCAAUAAAAUUUUCAGAUGAUACUCGGGAUGAUGAAUUGUAAUUUUUGUAUAGACUCUUAAAAACAUCCAACUAAGUUCAUCACAUAAUCUAGUACUAUGAAAUCGAUAAGGAUAUCAAUAAUUCAUUUAAAAAGUAUUGCUUCGUUAUGGAAUUGGGUACCAGAAAUUUACUAGAAGAGCUUUAACUAGUAAAUAAUAGGGACGAAUCGCAUAAUAUAGAAAUCAUUUAAUAGAUCGCUUAGGGGAUCAAAGAGCUUCACAACUUUAAACACAUUCAUCGAGAUAUUAAACCUGAAAAUAUUAUCAAAGUUGGUGAUAAAUGGAAGCUCUGUGAUUUUGGAUUUCUCAAACAUCAAAUUAGUCAAUCUGCCACUUUAAGGGUUGGUACUCCAUAUUAUAUAGCUCCAGAAAUUGCUUUAUAAGAUCCUACUAACCCUAAUUAAUAUAAUAAUAAAGUAGAUAAUUGGUCAUUUGGAUGCAUUAUCUAUGAAAUUUUAACAGGCGAUUUGUUUUUUAAUGGAAUUUCAUAAGAGGAUGUGAUAUAAUAAAUUGAAAAUUAUUGUUUUAAUUAAAAAUAGAAAGCGAGAGAAAAAAAUAAUGAUAAUAGAUUCAAUAAGAUUAAAAAUUCUAAGUUAUAAAAAUUAUGCAAAUGUUUGAUGACAGUAGAUCCUUUAUUACGAUAUGAUAUUUAUUAAACCAUUGAAGAAUUGCUUAAUCUCUAGGACAAACCUAUCACUCCUAACGAUGAUUCCAGUGAAAAGGUCAAAACUAUCAAUAAUAAUAAUCAUAACAAUAAAUUUUAACCUCUGAAACAAAGUAUUAUUAACACCCAACCGUAAACAUAAAUAUUUUAAUAAUCAAUUCCUGGAUAAAGCAAUAUUUUAAUGGGCACCCUUUAAAAGCCCUCAACUGUCCAAUAACAUAUUCCUUUUCAAAGCAAUUAACCUUUCCCUAUAAAAGAUCCAAAGUUUUAACCCUAAGGUCCACUUUAAUUUUAAUAAAAUAUUUAAUAGGCUUAAUCAUAAAUAUCAUAAAGUAAUUCAAAAAUACAAUUCAGUACUUUAUAACCUUAAUAAUUUUAACUUACCUAACAACCACUCAAAAAUCAAUUUUAACCACAAUUUCCAGUUACUAUACCACUACAAAUAAACCCUAUUAUAAAUUAAUCAAACACAGAAACAACAUAAAUUUUUUUAGUAAAUAAUAAUCAAAAUUAAAAUUCAGUUUAAGCAUAGAUGAUUUGCCAUUUAAAAAAGUUAGUACAACCAAACUAGGUUGAAUAAAUUCUAAAUUUUUUCUUAAAUUAAUAGAUUUAAAAAAAUUGUAAUGAUGUAAUAGAUUAUCUUCAAGUCAUAGUUAGUUAUGUUAAUAAUGAAGUUAGUUCUAAAGUUUAAAACAUAAUACCACUAGAUAUUAAAUGA